AUGGGAAGGGAGAAACGGACAUGUCAAGGUAAACAACACUUCAGCCAUCCCCACUUGUUGAAACUAAUUGUCAAUCCAUCUGAAACACUCACUUGCAAUGCUUGUGAGCAACCAAAUAUUACUAAUACUACUUUCUAUGGCUGCAAUACCUGCCAAUAUUUCCUCCAUGAAAACUGCCUCAAUGCUCCGCGUUUUCUCGAUCAUUCAUCUCAUCCUUCCCACCACUUGACCCUUCUCCCAACUCCAACUUACUCGAAUAGUUCCUAUACUUGCAAGGCUUGUGGCUCUGCUGGCAAUGGCUGUAGCUUUAGCUGUGCCUGUUGCGAAUUUGAUGUCCACAUGCACUGUGCCCUUUUGCCCCAAACUGUUGUCCUUCCCCAGCACCAUCAUCAUGAACUUGAGCUCAUAUUCGAAUCCCCUUUUUAUGAUGAUGCUGAUGAUGGAAGCAACGUUUUUGUCUGUGAUCUCUGUCGCGACAAUGUAGAUCUUAAUAACUGGUUGUAUUAUUGUGCUGAUUGUGAUUUUGGUACACAUCUCGGAUGUGCCAUUUCCAAAUCUUUCAGCGAACAAGAACGUCCGAAACUGUUGGGCAACAAACCAAGAGAAAAUCCAGUAGUAAUCAGGAAAACAGAGGAGGUACCCAUCAAGAACGAAAAGGAAAUCAAUCAAGAAGAAGAGGCAGAGGAAGAAGAAGAAGCAGAAGAAGAAGACGAAGAGGAAGCAGAAGCAGAAGCGGAAGACGAAGAAGAGCAGAAGAGGAAGAGGAACUCAAUUAUCCAAAGUCAAUACUUAUUGAUAAACAUCAACAUGAGUUGGAGCUCUGCUUUGGUUCUCCUUAUGAAGAUAAGGAUACCCGACAAUUUGAAAUAA